AUGAAGACCGAGGAGCAAACCACCGAAGAGGCGGCGCGCCGGGCGCCUGCCACGCGACGACAGGAAAAACCACCUUUUUCCUACAUUGCCCUCAUCGUCAUGGCUAUCCGACACUCUCCCAAUAAAAAACUCACUCUUAGCGAAAUAUACGCAUUUCUCCAACAACAGUUCCCGUUUUUCCGAAGCUCUUAUCAAGGUUGGAAGAAUUCUGUACGGCACAACCUGAGCUUGAAUGAGUGCUUCGUUAAGUUGCCCAAGGGAUUGGGAAGACCCGGCAAGGGUCAUUAUUGGACGAUCGAUCCGUCAUCAGAGUUUAUGUUCGAAGAGGGCUCGUUCAGGCGCCGGCCGAGAGGCUUCCGCCGUAAAUGUCAAGCGUUGAAGCCACAGUUUGGUGGUGGUGGAUAUUUGUGUGGGGGUGGAGUGGCCGCGUUGCCUCCGUCGCAACCGUCUGGGUAUGAUCUUGGCGGCGGAAGUAGCUCUAGUGCGAGUGGGACUUCAGCCAUAGACUACGGAGCGUGUGCAUAUUCUCAUGCGGGGACGAGCCAGCAGCUUUCUUACGGUGGAGAGUACUGCACGUACGGCGGCAUGGGAGAGCGGGAGUGGCCGCUCGCAUACAGCGCCGUGGAUCCAGGCUACAGACCGCCGGCGUCGUCGCCGCCAUCUCGACAUGACCUCACCGACCUGAUACCCAACUACCAGUACGUCACCAAUGAACAUGUCGUCGUAGUCGUCGUCGUCGUUUCAGCCGUGGGACGUCCACUGCUGGACAAAGGCCUCCCUCAAAGAUUUCCACCACGACCGGUCACUGGCGGCCUGCAUCCAGCGGCUCCCCGCCACUCGGACCAGGUCGUCUGUCCAUCUCGUGGGAGGUCGUCCCACGCUUCGUCGGCCCGUACGUGGUCUCCAUUCCAGAACCUUUUUGCCCCAACGGCCAUCGGGUCUACUGGCUAUGUGCCCCGCCCACGAUCUAGUGACUAG